UUUGGAGUCGUGGAGACUGACAUAGCAUAACAUAGCAGCUUAAACAAAUUAAUUAAUAAUUAUUAUUUUGUUUUAUUUUUUCUUUUUCUUUUUUUUUUGAUUUAUAUAACGUUAUAUCGUAGUGUUGCAGGACUUUAUGGUUAUUUUUUUUAAAAUAAACGUUUGCCCCCCCACCCCCAACUUAUCUCCGCCAUGUUCCAGUAGAUGGCGGUAGUGAGCGUUCAAACGUCUUUGUUUACCCUAGGAAGACAGCGAAGAAGAAAUCAAAAGAGCAGCAGAAGAAGAAAAAUUAAAAGCAGCCGGAGAGGAGAAGAUAUCGGCUUUUACACGUGCACUCAUCCCUAUGUGAUUCUGUUUUCUGGAGCUGUAAUACUCGCAUCUUGCUCAGCUAGAACAUUCGAAAAGGCAACGACGAGCAUGGGGGCAUAUCUGUCGCAGCCUAACACCACCAAGACCUCCUCCGAUGGCGGCAACAGCAAAAUGAGCUACGGCUUCUCUGCCAUGCAAGGCUGGCGGGUUUCUAUGGAGGAUUCCCACAACUGCAUUCCAGACUUUGAUGAGGACACAGCCAUGUUUUCCGUAUAUGAUGGACAUGGAGGUGAAGAGGUGGCUCUAUACUGUUCUAAGUACCUCCCUGACAUAAUCAAAGAGCAGAAGACCUACAAAGAUGGCAAACUACAGAAGGCCCUGGAGGAUGCUUUUUUGGCCAUUGAUGGCAGGAUUACCACAGCAGAGGUUAUCAAGGAGCUGGUGCAGAUUUCUGGACGACUCAGUGAGGACCCACCUGCUGAAAAGGUUGCAGAGGAAGAUGACUUGGACACAGAGGAGGCCGCUUUGCUACACGAGGAGGCCACCAUGACUAUUGAGGAGCUGCUGGUCCGAUACGGACAAAACCUCAAUGCUGUCAAACACGCUGCAGCCAUCAGUGCGGCAGCUAAGAAGGCUGCCGGCGGGGAUGCUGAGGGCGCAGGACAGAAAGAAGAAGGUGAGGAGAAAGAAAAGAAAGACGGCCUCAAUGGAGAAGUGGAGGAGGGGAGCAAUAAAAAGGUGAAAGAGGGAGAUGGAGUGACACGAGGAGCGAAGCUGCGAGCCUGUCGGAGAACUGCAGGAGGGGAAGGGAAUAGUGCAGCUGCCACUGGCAAGUCUGAAAGUUCCAAUGGAGAAGAGAAGGCUGGUAAAACAGAGGGAGACGCUGGUCCUUCCUGCUCCUCGGCGUCCUCAAAGACUCCUGGAGACUCCAAGUCGAGGUUUUUCGAUGACAGUGAAGAAUCUGAGGAAGGAGAGGAGGAAGACGGCAGUGACGAGGAGGAUGGCAGUGAAGAGGAAGAAGGUGACAGCAGUGAGUUAGAGGAAGAGGAUACUGAGGAGGGAGAGGAAGACUCCGAGGAUGAGGAAGAGGAGGAGAUGUGUCUGCCUGGAAUGGACGGCAAAGAAGAGCCUGGCUCAGACAGCGGAACCACAGCUGUCGUGGCGCUGAUCCGAGGGAAGCAGCUGAUUGUGGCCAACGCAGGAGACUCUCGCUGCGUGGUGUCUGAACGUGGCAAAGCUGUCGACAUGUCGUAUGACCACAAGCCAGAGGACGAGGUGGAGCUGGCUCGCAUCAAAAACGCUGGAGGAAAAGUGACUAUGGACGGACGAGUCAACGGAGGGCUGAACCUCUCCAGAGCCAUCGGUGACCACUUCUAUAAGAGGAACGACGCUCUGCCUCCAGAAGAGCAGAUGAUUUCUGCCAUGCCGGACGUUAAAGUUCUGACGCUGAACGAGGAUCACGACUUCAUGGUUAUUGCCUGUGAUGGAAUCUGGAACGUUUUAAGCAGUCAGGAGGUGGUGGACUUCAUCAGUGAGAGGCUCAAGCCAGACGAGAGUGGUGAAAGUAGACCUCUAUCUUCUAUCGUGGAAGAGCUGUUGGACCACUGUUUGGCUCCUGACACGUCUGGAGACGGCACAGGAUGUGACAACAUGACCUGUAUCAUCGUCACCUUCCAGCCACUCCUCACUCCGUCAGAGGACACGAAGAAGAGGAAGAUUCGCGAGGAGGCGGAAGAGACUGAGACGGACAAGAGCGACAACGACGGCAAAAAGGCUAAACUCGAUUAAAGAAGGAGUGAACCUUUCCCAGACGGGGCACCAGGUCCCACAUUACUCUAGAUCCACCAGAGACGCAUUCUGUCCAAAUUUAAACCCCUUACCUCAUAAACAAAGUGUCACCCUGAAGCAGGCGUCACAAAGACUGUAUGUGCGUUCAAAGGUCCACUGAUCUCGGAUCAUCUCUAUAGUUCUUUGUGUUCUGUUCUAGGUGGAUUUAUGACAAUAACACAACCCUCUAAAUCAUUUUUGCUAGGUCCAAAUGGGAAGAAAAGUUGGACAAACUUUAAGUUUAAAAUCAAAUUUGCUGCCUUGCUCAACAGCACUGCAGCUUCCAUUCAUUUGUCACUAAAAGGCUUCAGGAAGAGGCAGCCAUCGUUUGUAAUCAUUACAGUCCUGCACUGCACUCAGAUUCCACUUGGCAGCUUCCGUUCGUCUCGACAAAAGCUUGAAAGUAGUUCAGUCUGGUGUGUAUUUAACAGUUAGACACGUGCUCACCGUUGUGGCUUUCCGGCAUAAAAUGUGCACGUUUACGCCACAAAACUUCCGAAUGGUGUGUUGUGGCAAGAAAAGGCACCUCUUAAAGGUAACCGAGGAUGAAGUGGAUACAUUGUGGGAUGUAAUUGUUCGAUUAACCCUAAUUGAAGCUUCAUAACGCAGUGAGAGCAGACUGUGUGUUGUUACUCCACGUGUGUUGGUACUGUGUUUCAGGCUCCACUGCUGAACUCUCCACCUUCAUGUCUCUAACUCGUCACCAGGGGGCUGGAGCUGAUGGAUGUGGGGUGCCAGUCCACAUGUGCUAGGUCUUCAUAAACAAUGCAGUUUCGUGUUUUUUUUUUUUUUCUUGUUCCAUUCAAGCUCUUUCCUGCUAUUAUUUUUUGUUCAUUCCUUAAAGAGUGUGUUAUUUUGAUCAGUGUAAAUUGUUCACGUCGGAAGAGAAAGUUUGAAUUCAGUUUCACCAGUUGGACAUGAAUCUUUUAAUUAUCCAGAAAUGAGUUUGUCACGCCGGUCCCUGCUCCAAUGCCUUUUUAAAAAUGAUCUUUAGGACGAGUUUUAAGGGAAGACUUUCUAUUUUCCACUUUUGGUGAAUCAGACCUGUAACCAUUUUUGAGGGAGGAGCUUUUUUUUUUUUUUUUUUCUCGGUGAGCACAGUCGGAGAAUGCCUUAAGGCUAGACUGGACUGUGGAUGAAAACAAUGCACAAAGUUAUUUUUCUGAGGGGAAAAAACAAAUUGUGGUUGAGAAAACCGAUGCAGGUGUGAGUGUUAAUUUUUUUUUCUAAUUUUAUUUACAGAAGUCUCAUUUAAAUCAUUGUGACUGUAAGUUUCUAGUGUACUUUCUUGUCAACAUGCCAUUUCUUUCUGUAAAUAGAUUUUUCAAUUCUUGUAAUUGGGGGGGAAAAAAUUGCAUUUUCUUUGUGAGUCAAUGUGACAUUUUGGUGCAUACUCUUUUGACACCAGUAUGUAAGUACAUACAAAAUACAUUUUCUAAAUAAUUUGAAGUUCA